AUGUCGAUAGAUGGAAGCAGGAUGGUCCGAGCCUUGAUGAUCUGCCUGCUGGACAUGAGGAGUGUUUUGCUAAACUCCCCUAAAAAAGGAAGGCUGAUGUCAAGUCUUCGAGAGCUCAAGCCUGAUGAGUUUGGAGAUCGUGAUAUGCUCAGUAAAGUAGUCCGUGCACGAUCUAGCUCACUUGUUGAGAGGCAAAGAGAUGCGGAUGCUCCUUUUCGAAAUUCGAGUCUCAAGCAUGGAGUUGAUUCGACGUCGCAAAUUCCUUUGGAAGUGAGGUUGGCGGAGGCUAGGAAAGCAAGAGAGUCAUCUGCCUGGACAAAAGGUUCUUCUGUAACGUCAGCGACUGAUCCAAAGGUGGACAAAUCUAGCCCUGCAGGGGAUGCAGGCGUGUCUGAUCUGCUAAAGACGCAAUUUCUAUCAAGUCCAUCCUCUUGUGCUGAGCUGGUUGACCAAAUCCGUCAGGCUGGCGAUCUUGUUUUUGCUGCUGAGACCAUUCGGAACUCGUCUGCUGUUGCCCCAUCUUCUGUUCAGCUCAGCGAGUUGGAGAAGAAGAAUGCCGAGUUAGUUAGCAAACUUUCCGCCGAGCAGACCCGUUAUGAGAAGAAGACGUCUGAUUUGCGGGCGAUGAUAUCUGAGUUGAAGAGCUCCCUUGCUGAGAAGGAUUCCGAGCUUAACUCUUCUGCUGCUGACUUGGCAAAUCGAAAAGAUGCUUAUUUCCACAUUGAGUGCAAGAAUGCCGACAUCUCUCAUAGCUAUGACAAGCUUUUAGCUAGACUUCACGCCUACCAUGAGUCUGCUGAGGAAUCCAAGUCCGAAGUUGCCAUGGACGCGUACAAGUUUGGCUACCUGGACUGCACAAGAGGAUAUGAUCCCUUUUACGCCAUUGGAGAUGAAGACAUCGAGAUGCUCUAUCCAGACUUGCCCCCUGCGCAAAGUGAGAAGGCUAAUGCUGUGAACAUCGAAGGAGCUGAAGAGCAGGUGACUAAAGAGGCGGUAGCUGAGGAGGAUGGAGCAGAGGAGGAUGCAGCCGAUAAGGUGGUGGCAGACGUCAUAGAUCAGGCAUGUGGAGCUGCUGAAAGCGUGACUGUUCAGGCGGACGCUGAAGAGGUUGUAGAUCAGGGAUCUCCUGCUGGCGCUUCGGAGUAG